CGCUUGCCGCCGCUAGCGUCGCAUGCGCCGCGCGGCAAAAGUUUUCUAAAACGAAAAAUUGUGUCGUGAACUCGCGCUGCGAAUUUCUUGAUAAGAUAAUUUAAAAAAUAACUGUGUUUCAUCUUCCCAAUGGAUUAUGUGCAUGGCUAGACAGUGUUACAGUGUUUUUUAUUGCCCCGGCCCUCCUUCCGUACACUAAAAUUUACACUUCCGCCAUGGAGUGCACUCCAGUGCUGUCGGCUCACUGGCUCUCCGCCGCCAUCUUCCUCUGCUCACUCGUCCACACGCACUCUCUUAGCACUAAGAUUCAUGAGCACAUGACACCAGCUGAACUACGACACGUCUUCCACGUUGACCAUCACUCUCAGGUCCCAGAAUACCAUCUCGUCCACUUAAACCACCAUUUAUCCAGGCGGAAUAUCCCUUCAAGCCACCAAUCAAAUAGCCACCAUGCUAACAGCGGCAAAGUACCGCACGAAAAGUUCCAGAAAACUCAAAAAAAUUGGAAAACUACGCCGCCAUCUUUGCUGAAUGACGAAAUGUUCGUCAAAGCGAAAGAGUAUAUUAAAGAUGUAGAUAUAAUAGGUGAUCUUAAUAAUACAGUGAGUGUUAAUUUCGGUGCUAAUUCAAGUGAAGUAAGUGAUAGUGCGAGUAGUGAAAGUGAUGAUGUGCAUAGGAUAGAUUUGGAGGCUUUUGGGAAGCAAAUGCAGUUGAAUUUGAAAAAACAGGAAGGGCUGUUUAAGAAAGAAGGUCUAAAAAUGUGGAGGACGAUGACGAACGAUUCACAGCCCCAUGGCGUCGAUUAUGAAGAGAUGGAAACGGAUAAUAUGGAAGCGCUGGGUGAGGUGUACCAAGAUGAAGAAAAUGGUGCAGCGCUGCUCAUUAGAAAACACCCGAAACUUGACAAAAUAGUGGUGGAAGGUUCGAUAGGUCACGAUCUGGUGAUCAGACCGAUCCCCGACUCGAUGACAUCACCCGCCCAGGACGACGAGAUGUUCAUGGACCCGGCCAGUAUGGCUGACAUGGUGUCCAUUGACACCGGGUUACCUAUUGUAAAGCGAAAACGAGAAGACCAAGAAAUACUGCAGGAGGCUUUGAACGGCGCACAUCACGUUAUCAUCAAGAGAGCACCGGAGCACUUAGAUCACUUGAGCGAUUAUGCGUUUAUGGAGCCCGAUCACCUAAGCAAGCGGUACCGAGCGAAGCGAUCGACGCAAGAGCGGCGGCGGCAGCAGCGCGACGCACCAUACGUUAUAUACCCAGAAAUACUCGUUAUUGUUGAUUAUGACGGUUAUAGGUUACACGGCGGCGACAAUGUGCAAAUUAAACGGUACUUCGUAUCGUUCUGGAACGGCGUCGAUCUCAGAUACAAGCUGCUCAAAGGACCCAGAAUACGGAUCUCCAUAGCUGGUAUUAUUAUAUCUCGGGGACGAGAUGCCACACCUUACCUCGAGAAAAAUAGAGUUGGACGUGACGCUAUAGACUCAGCUGCCGCGCUCACUGACAUGGGCAAGUAUCUGUUCAGGGAGCGACGGCUGCCUGUCUACGAUAUUGCUGUUGCUAUCACGAAACUAGACAUGUGCAGGAGGCAAUAUGCGAACGAUGCGUGCAAUAGAGGGACCGCAGGGUUUGCGUAUGUCGGCGGCGCAUGUGUUGUAAACAAGAGACUGGAAAAAGUAAACUCGGUAGCCAUCAUUGAAGAUACCGGAGGUUUCUCUGGCAUUAUUGUGGCCGCCCAUGAAGUUGGACAUUUAUUGGGGGCAGUCCACGACGGCAGCCCCCCUCCGUCAUACCUGGGUGGUCCAGGCGCCGAGAAGUGCCGCUGGGAAGACGGCUACAUCAUGUCCGACCUGAGACACACGGAGAAAGGUUUCCGGUGGUCAGCUUGCAGCGUGCAAAGUUUCCAUCACUUUUUAAAUGGUGAUACAGCAACAUGUCUAUACAACUCGCCGCACGAGGACGAUUCUUUACCACGAGUACUGCCCGGCCGGCUACUCACGCUUGACGCGCAGUGCCGGAAGGAUAGAGGCACUAGCGCGUGUUUCAAAGACGAGCGAGUGUGCGCGCAGCUGUUUUGUUUCGACGCGGCUAGCGGGUACUGCGUGGCGUACCGGCCCGCGGCCGAAGGGUCACCGUGUGGGGACGGACAGUAUUGUAUAAACGGGCGAUGUAUAACGGAGCACGAGAACAUAAUUCCUGACUAUUCACAACAUACGCCAAACUACGUGCGACCAGAGACUAGCCCUUUCUAUGGAAAUAUAACCAGUUACGAAGUCACAACACAGCCGUACGUACCUAAAGCGCCGCCUGUACAGUACAAUUACAAUGGAUAUAAAAAUUACAAAGAGCCAUCAUCGUCGUCAACUACAGAGGAUUAUUACAAAUAUUACUACCAAACUUCCAGUACUACCAAGAAAUAUAACUACUACACUCCUAGUACAACUACUAGUAAGAAAUAUGGGUACAUCACAGAGAAAACUAGCACAACUCCAAAUUAUUCUUAUUCGUACCCUCCUUCAAUAAACAGAUAUUCUAUAAGUACAACCAAAAACCCAUAUGACUUCAAAGACUUUACAACAAGAACAACAAAAACGACUGAGAAGAACGAGCGAAAACAGGGAUUUUACAACAAACAAGAAUUUGCUAAUUACUUCAGUACUACAAAGAGCAGCAGCACCACAAAAAGUCCUUAUCAGGAUAAAGGAAUUAAAUCAUUAUUUAAAAUUGGUACUUAUUAUUCACAAAAUAAAGCAAAUGAUAAUUCUAUAAGACCAGACGCAUCACAGCAAGUGUCCAUAGAACCAGCAAGAUUGGUCUAUUCGUACCAAAGGAAUCUUACCACUGGACAGAUCAUACAAAAAUAGUGCCAAAAUUAUUGG